AUGUCCGAGGGUGAUGUCGAGCCCGUUUCUGGCCUCUUUGACGGCAGUCCUCGUCAGUUCCGGCGUCUAUCCUCCCAAAGCACCACCGAAUACUUCUAUGACGCCCUUUCCAACGGCGCUCGUGACGACCCUCUAGCCGCGCUGUCCUCCACUCCUGUUCCCUUGCUGUCGGGUAAAACAUAUCCCUCUCAGCCGGGUCUCACAAGUCUGCAACCCUUUCCUGCACCUACCAGCAUCUCCCCGGAAGACCUUCGCGACAGUUUCGGCCGAUCCUUGCCUGACCCAGACGACUAUUAUCGGCCACAUUUGCCCACGGUGGCGGCAAACGACGAAGGUGGUCUCGACUCCAGUGGUCGUCACAUGGGGGAGGUCGACGGCGACGCAGCCGCAGAGCAACGUCCCAGACACUUCCAGCGUGUGGCCUCGGUACCCAUACACCUGUUGGAGUCAUCAAAUGCAAACUCGGGUCCGUUCCGUUCGGCUUCCGAUUCAUCAUAUAAGGGUGUUGGGCACGAAUCUACCUGGGGAUCAUCGUCAGCGCGGGCGUCGACAGCACGGUCAGGGCAAACAUCAUUCAAAGAUCUGAUCAAUAAAUUCAACAACAACGUCGAUCACGUACUUCCUGUUCCAGCCACAGCCACAGCCAGGUCGCGAGUAACCUCGAGGCCUGUCACUCCGACCAGUCCCACCGAAGCCCCUCGAGCCCUUCCUCGCCUGCGCGAACCACAUAACCUUCCGACGAGACAGCACUCUCACCACUGGCAUCCCACGAGUGUAUUUGAUACCGAUUCUUCAUCCGACCUUAUUCCACCCCCACUCCGGACGACUGACGUCGAUAAUAAUCCUUCGAGCAACGUGACAUCAUCGGACGCGAUCCUGCGACGGCCCCUGCUUGGCGAAACCCUUCGGAUCGAUACGAGCCCGCAGAUUUCUGGAUAUGGAACAUCGUCGACUUUGUGGCGUCGAGGUUCAGAUGGGAUUAUUCCGAGCCCAAAUCCAGCGUUCUUAGAUCAUCUUGAUCCUUCGGCCGGCGUGACGCCCCUGACCCCCACGGCGUGGUACCUGGGACGCACACCGUUUCUGGAGGCUGUGAGCUCGGGAUCGAGUGUUCACCGGAGAACGAGGAGUGAUAUUGCUGGAAACUGGUCUGUUGAGGCCGCGCACGCUCCCGACUCCCACAUGGCGGUUCCGGCCCCCUUGCAGCCCAAUUCCCAAACAUGCCUAGACAACAACCCGCAGACGACCAAAUCACGCAUUCCGAUUUCAUCCCACCGCUUGAACUCGCCUUCCGCUUCGGACGAGUCUCCUCCCCCUUCAAGGGCGGGCGCCAAUUCCGGAAACCGGGCUGCCGUUCAAGUCCAUCUGCCACCCAAGGGCACCAGCCGCCUCCCUAAACCUUCGCCCAAAUCGCCGCGUGACAUGCCUAAAAAUGAUCAAUCACCCGGUGGUACGGCAUCGCCACGCGCAAAGCGGGAAAUGGCUCAUGGACGGUCCCGCCAGCAGCUUCCUGAACGAAAUGCACUGUUAGAAGCGUACAUUGCCGCGCCGCCUCCGAAAAAGUCCCCCCAGUUGCGCAGCUCCCGGCCGCGCCAGCCUGUCUCACACACUCAGUCGUCUCGAUCGAAGGUGGUUGAAACGGUGUCCAAUUUUCAGAGACAGAUCAACCGCGAUCGGGAGAUCAGAAACUCCAGGGCUCGUGAACGGCGAUUACCGGAAUUGGGCCAUGUCGACUUUGCAACUAGGCGCGAGAAGAUCCAGCAAGCUUUCAAUCGCACCGUCCAGGAGAAUGAGAGGAAGGAAGAGAAGGCCGCCGAACUCCGACGUCAAGCCAAAGCCCAUGAAGACCAACACGAACGCACUCUAUCCCCUACGGCCGAACCACCACAGCCUGUGGAAAUAGAAGCAGAGCCUGCUUCGCAUCUUGAGGAUAACGCAACGGUGAUUGAGGAAGUGGCUCCCGAUGAGGAAUCAGACCCAGUGCCCGAAACGCAGAAUUCCCGACCGCUACCUGAGCUUCACGUCGAGACCGAUGUCCCUACCCAGGAAAAUGCAGAAGGCAUCUCCGCCACACAUAUGAUGACGAUGGAUUCCCCAACCCUCGGACACGCAGAUAUCAUCCAGAGCGGCCUAUCCCACGCCCCUCCCGCGUCUGAUGCCACCUCGGACUCGAACGACACUCAUGUGACUGCCUUUGAUACAGAACCACAAGUUGACUUGUCACGGCAGAACCUGCAUUCUUCGCAUCGGACGCUGUUGAGCCAGAUCAUGAAUAUCCGGGAAUCCAGUCCAAGCAGCUCAUCGUGUGAUGAGCAGGAGUGUAGCUUCUCUGAAAUCGACGACACGGAAUCCGUACCUGUGAGGUUGAAGAAUGCUUUCUCUUUUGAGGAUCACGCGGACAGCAGCGAUAACCCAGAAUCGUGUGAUCUAUACAUGCAACACGGUGCGACGAACGGAGCGACACCCAAUAGAUGGAGCAUGAGUUCUUGGUCGUCGUCUCUUCGCAACCAACAUUCCGCGGACGAGCAGUGCGACCACAGUGGAGAUGACUUCUCCCAGCUACAGCAGUGUGCGGAGGAUAGUGAAGCCGCAACCCAAUCCUGCUCUGCGUCUUCCAGUACUCCAUCCACGACCGGCCAUCAGUACUCGAGCUCCGACACCCAGAAAAUCGACGUCACCCCUGAGACCAGACAUGCCGCGGUAUCUCAACCCAAUGGCUUUGCAUUUUCAAGCGCCUCGAGCUUGGCAAGACUGGGCGGGUGGGAUUCCAAGAGGGUCGGCCAACUUUAUCUGCAGGAGCUAGCUAAUGGCAGAGGGCUUGGCCUUCCUUUGCCAGCAGUUCGCGCGUCUCCAGAGCUGUCACAGUCUCAUCUUGACCGAAAUGCAGAAGGAAUGCCUAAGAAUUUGCCUGAUGGCCCGGUUCUUGUAUCUCGUAUAGGAGAUCCCCCUAAUUUGGAGCGACCGGGACAUACGGCAAGCCUAGUUCUGCGUGAUGACUGGGAACAUGCGUCCCCAUCGAUCAUGGACUGGAUGCAAAUCGCCGCUGCUGAGGACGGCUCUGUUUUACAAGAGCAGAAUGGCAAUGCACGCCCUAGGCACGACAGUGCGCCGACUCCGCGAUUAGUAACGCCGAACCCACAAUCAUCAUGCUCAGAAGAGGGCGAUGAAGGAUUAGGCCUGGCUAUCAAGAUCCACGUGCCGCAAGAGCUUGAGGCUCACGAGAAACCUUUACCCCCUUCCGAGCCGCUAGGCGAGGGUGCAUCGAUCGACAAUGUUGUCGUUCAACGGCGACCACAGCUGCCUUCAAACGUCAAUGCCGAGCAACGGUUUAGCACGAUCCUUUCCGGUAUAUUUGCUCCGUUGGACCCUGUUCAGAGCACCGGUAGUAGCGAGGAUUCCUCUCUGCGCAAGCUUGAGCCAAUACCGUCCCCUAACACAUUCGACUCGUCUUCUACCUCACUAGUUCCUUCAACAUCCGAGCCAUUGCGUCUCAAGGCACCAUCUCCCUCGCCAGAGCAACGGCGUCUGAAAAAGCGGCGACAUGUGAUCAAGGAACUUGUCGAUACGGAGUACACGUUUGGAAGAGACAUGAAAGUCGUGGACGAUAUAUACAAAGGAACAUCGAGUUCAUGCUUGGAUCUCUCUGCGGACGACGUCAAGAUUCUUUUCGCCAACUCGGACCAGGUGGUGCAGUUUUCGAUGGCGUUUCAGGAUGCACUCAAAGAAGCGGCCAAGAGCGUUUAUGUGAUGCCCAAGUCACAACGUUGGACCAGCAAACGCAAUGCGCGCCAUAAUACGUCCAGGACCGAGUCGGAGAACUCAAACACAACGGGAAUAUCCGAUCUAGACAAGGACAAGAUGACGUACAUCGGUGAGGCUUUCAUGGCGCAAAUGGCCUACAUGGAGAAGGUUUAUGCCGAUUAUCUCAAGAACCACGACGCUGCCAACAAAAAGCUUCAGACGCUGCAGCGUAACCCCAAGGUUGCGAUCUGGCUUAAAGAGUGCCGAGACUGGGCGUCUGAUCUGACAACGGCGUGGGACUUGGAUUCUCUUCUUGUCAAGCCAGUGCAAAGAAUCUUGAAAUACCCUCUCUUGCUUUCCGAACUCCUCGACUCGACCCCUAGCGACCAUCCCGACCAUCCAGCUCUUGUGAGUGCCCUCGAGGAGGUUACGAAUAUAUCUGUCCGUAUCAACGAGAUGAAGAAACGGGCCGACCUGGUGGGCCAAGUGGUUGGUCGCAAACGAAAAGAGUCCGAUGUCAGGACGGGCCUGUCCAAGGCCUUCGGCCGACGUACCGAGAAACUGAAGCAGCAAGUGGGUCUUUCCGACAUGAUCGAGGACAAGGUGUAUGACACGCUCGCUCAAAAGUUUAACGACAACUUUUUCCAGCUACAACUGGUCAUGCGCGACGCUGAGUUGUAUACUCGCGAGGUACAGACUUCCAUGCACGGGUUUAAUGAAUUUGUUGCGGCGAUUGAAGGGUUCGUCGACGUGUCCCCAUCCAACUAUGCCGAAUUGGAAGGCAGAUGGCGUGAGCUGAAGGUCACUGUUGGGGAAAUCAUGACUGUGGCGUUGCCCGAACACCUUGCGGUGGUUCGAAAGAGUGUCAUUGACCCAAUGGUCACGUUGCUCAAACUCCACGAUGGCCCGCAGAGAGUGAUGAAAAAGCGCGACAAGCGUCUCAUGGAUUACGCUCGCUUCCGAAGCAUCAAGGAACGAGGUGAUAAACCGGACAAGAAGACGACCGAACAAGGCGAACAAUUUGUGGCGCUGAAUGAGACCCUCAAAGACGAACUCCCCAAGCUCUAUUCACUGACCGCCAAAUUGAUGGAGGCAUGUCUCAAGAAUUUCGUGAAUAUCCAGACUACUUGGUUCCGCCAACUCCAGAAUAAGCUCGGGUCUCUGUUCGAGUCGUUCCCCGAAGAUAUCCAGAAGAUUGUGGAAGACUGGUCCUGCAACUUCAAUUACUCUGAGGCGCAGGUGCUGUCUCUGGGAAUCUGCAAUGGCUCGCUGCUGGCUGACACCGUCAACCUCGUCAACUUCAACACGCCCUCCACUGGGGCCAAUAUCAAUUCGCCCCGACGACCGUCCACUGUUAACAGUGUCAGUACCCGCGUGGGAUCGAUUAUGGAGGAUUCGCCCAAGGUGUCUCAGGAUUUCGGCAACGGCCCUCAUUCUUUCCAUUCGCCCAGCUUUGACAGCCAGUCUCAGGUGUCUCAUGGACGCCACAGAGCCGAUUCGACGUUCUCCGGCCGUGUGGGACAUGAAACUGCUGAAAUUCCCAGAAGUCAACUGCUGCAACAGAUUACCAGCACAUCCUCCGGGUCUAUCCCAGCUUCAAACACGAACACCGAGUCUUUCCCAAGUCUACCUCGACUGAGCCUUGAUUCCCCUUUCCUGGUUGACGUCAUCGGUCCUUCGAACGAGGGGACGAAGCCCGAGGAUGAGCGUCCUACAUCUCCUGACGGGCGGUAUUCCGGCUUUUUCUCCUCCGCGAUGCCCAUGUCGGACAAUCCCCAGGAUAACGCACCGGCGCAUCACGAGCCUCCUCACGAGCCAGCCGUGCUGUUCCUCGCUGCCAGCAUCUAUGAAUUCAACAUUGACCGCGCGCGACGGGAGGCUGGCUACCCUUACCUGACCUACGUUGUUGGAGAGAUCUUUGAUGUCAUUGCGGAGAAAGGGGAGCUGUGGCUCGCCAAGAAUCAGGAUGACCCUACUCACCAGGUUGGAUGGAUCUGGAACAAGCACUUUGCAAAGCUGUCAACCUGA